GCGAGCUCAGAGUGCGCCUGCGCACUGCCCUCCGUCGCUGAGUGAGCCGCAGUCUCUGGAGCCCCGAAGUGUUUCGGUCUCCCGCGGCCAGCCUCGCCCGCAAACCCGGUGCUGUUGGGCUGCAUCCCGAGCGGGGACAUUGGCGGAGCCCGGCCCGCGGCCACCAUGCCGAUCAAUAAAUCUGAGAAGCCAGAAAGCUGCGAUAAUGUGAAGGUGGUUGUUAGGUGCCGGCCCCUCAAUGAGAGAGAGAAAUCAAUGUGCUAUAGACAGGCCGUCAGCGUGGACGAGAUGAGGGGAACUAUCACCGUCCAUAAGACUGAUUCUUCCAACGAACCUCCAAAGACGUUUACUUUUGAUACUGUUUUUGGACCAGAAAGUAAACAACUUGAUGUAUAUAACUUAACUGCAAGACCUAUUAUUGAUUCCGUUCUGGAAGGCUACAAUGGGACCAUUUUUGCAUAUGGACAGACUGGCACAGGCAAGACUUUCACCAUGGAAGGUGUCCGUGCUGUGCCGGGGCUCAGAGGGGUCAUCCCCAACUCAUUUGCUCACAUAUUUGGUCACAUCGCAAAAGCAGAGGGUGACACAAGGUUUUUGGUUCGAGUGUCAUACUUGGAGAUAUAUAAUGAAGAAGUCCGAGACCUUUUGGGCAAGGAUCAGACACAGCGGUUGGAGGUUAAAGAAAGGCCUGAUGUGGGAGUAUAUAUCAAAGAUUUAUCAGCUUAUGUGGUCAAUAAUGCUGACGAUAUGGAUAGAAUCAUGACGCUAGGCCACAAAAAUCGUUCUGUUGGUGCAACUAACAUGAAUGAGCAUAGUUCGAGAUCCCACGCCAUCUUUACAAUUACUAUAGAAUGUAGCGAGAAAGGUGUUGAUGGAAACAUGCAUGUCAGGAUGGGGAAGCUCCACCUGGUGGAUCUUGCUGGGUCAGAAAGACAAGCGAAAACUGGAGCCACAGGACAGCGCCUCAAGGAAGCUACAAAAAUCAACCUUUCCCUCUCCACCCUGGGCAAUGUCAUUUCUGCCUUGGUGGAUGGAAAAAGCACACAUGUGCCGUAUCGGAACUCUAAACUGACGCGUCUGCUGCAGGAUUCCUUAGGAGGGAACUCAAAAACCAUGAUGUGUGCAAAUAUUGGGCCAGCAGAUUAUAAUUACGAUGAGACCAUCAGCACCUUGCGCUAUGCCAACCGAGCCAAGAACAUUAAAAACAAAGCAAGAAUUAACGAAGACCCAAAGGAUGCUCUGCUUCGUCAGUUUCAGAAAGAAAUAGAAGAGCUGAAGAAAAAGCUUGAGGAAGGGGAAGAAGUCUCGGGCUCUGACGUCAGUGGUUCAGAGGAGGAUGACAACGAGGAGGGUGAGCUUGGAGAAGAUGGAGAAAAAAGGAAGAAGAGAAGGGGCAGUAGCAGCAGCAGUAGCUCAGACUCCACAUGUUCUGUCAUAGAGAAGCCUCUGGAUGAGUUCUUGCCUCAUCAAGCAGGUAAAAAGAAAGUUUCCCCAGAUAAGAUGGUGGAAAUGCAAGCGAAAAUUGAUGAGGAGAGAAAAGCAUUGGAAACAAAACUUGACAUGGAAGAAGAAGAAAGAAACAAGGCUAGAGCUGAACUGGAGAGACGGGAGAAGGACCUUCUGAAAGCCCAACAAGAGCAUCAGUCUUUACUGGAAAAGCUGUCUGCUUUGGAGAAGAAAGUCAUUGUAGGUGGUGUGGACUUAUUGGCCAAAGCUGAGGAGCAAGAGAAGCUUCUUGAGGAGUCUAAUAUGGAGCUGGAGGAGAGGAGGAAGAGAGCUGAGCAACUUCGGAAAGAACUCGAGGAAAAAGAGCAAGAACGCUUGGACAUUGAGGAAAAAUACACCAGUCUACAAGAGGAGGCACAGGGAAAGACGAAGAAAUUAAAGAAAGUCUGGACCAUGCUGAUGGCUGCAAAGUCUGAGAUGGCUGAUCUUCAGCAAGAGCAUCAGAGGGAAAUUGAAGGCCUCCUGGAGAACAUUCGGCAGCUCAGCCGUGAGCUUCGGCUUCAGAUGCUUAUUAUUGAUAACUUCAUACCUCAGGACUACCAGGAAAUGAUUGAAAACUAUGUCCAUUGGAAUGAAGACAUAGGAGAAUGGCAGCUAAAAUGUGUGGCCUACACAGGAAACAACAUGAGGAAACAAACUCCAGUGCCUGACAAGAAGGAGAGAGACCCUUUUGAAGUAGACCUUUCCCACGUGUACCUUGCCUAUACAGAGGAGAGUCUGCGUCAGUCUUUGAUGAAGUUAGAAAGGCCACGGACCUCCAAGGGGAAAGCAAGGCCAAAGACUGGGAGAAGAAAGCGUUCUGCAAAGCCUGAGACCGUAAUUGAUUCAUUACUUCAAUAAAUGUUACAGAAUUAAGGUUAUAAUAAAAAAGAGUAAUAUUCUCAU